UUGGGGUCCGGCCGUCCGGCGCACAAACCACACUGCUCCGAGCCCGACUAGCCCAACCAUUUACUAGUAGUAUACAAAGGAAAAAUAAACUCAGAAUAUUUCUCCUCUCUCUCUCUCCCAGGAGUCGGAGGACAGAAACCAGGAGGCGACGGAGGGGACGCAACGCGACUCCACACUCUUCCGCACGAAUCACCGCUCUCCUCUAGGUUCGAUGCGUUGCUGCUGCGGGAGCAGCGGCUGAGCUUGGGGCUUGCUAGGGUUUGCUCCGACUCGAUCUUCAGCGGGGGUCGGGGGAGCACUUCGUCUGCUUGGGCAGCUGGAGCAAUAAGGGUCACCCGGAUGACCGGGGCAGACCUGGCACCAGUAAUGGAGUUGAAGGCUGUGGCAAAUGGAGGAACACCCACUGAAGUUGUUGCUUCUGAUAAGAAGGAUAAUACCAAGAUGGAAGAGGCUGGCGAGAGCAAGGAUGUUGCAGUAGCGAAUACCAAUGCUGACCAACAGAAUAAAGCCUCAGAAAACGGCGCUAAGGGCUCAUCUGAUGAUGAUGCCAAGAUGGAGGAGGCUGAAGAUGCAAAGGAAGAUGAUGUGGGUGCUGUGAAGCAGGCAGGUACAGAGGAUGUCAAAUCAGGUGACAGUGCGGAUGCCAAGGAAGGUAAUGGCGCCAAUGCAGCAGAACAUGAGGAUUCCAAAACGGCUGCUAUUGAGGAUGUAGUUGCAAAGGAAGAUGACAACACCAAGUCAGCAGAACACAAGGACUCCAAAAUGGUUAUUGUAGAGGAUGCAGAUGCAAAGGAAGAUGACAAAGCCGCCAAGGCAGCAGAACACGAGGAUUCCAAAACGGCUGGUAUCGAGGAUGUAGUUGCAAUGGAAGAUGACAACACCAAGUCAGCAGAAUACAAGGACUCCAAAAUGGUUAUUGUAGAGGAUGCAAAUGCAAACGAAGAUGACAAAGCCAAGGCAGUAGAACACGAGGAUUCCAAAGCGGCUGGUAUUGAAUAUACAGUUGCAAAGGAAGAUGCCAACACCAAGUCAGCAGAACACAAGGACUCUAAAAUGGUUAUUGUAGAGGAUGCAGAUGCAAAGGAAGACGACAAAGCCAAGGCAGCAGAACACGAUGAUCACAGAACAGGUGGUGUGGCAGCAGAACGCAAGGAUCACAGAACAGGUGGUGUGGAGGAUGCAGAUGCAAAUGAAGACAUUAGCGCCAAGGCUGAAGAGUGCAAGGUUGGCAACAUGAAUACUGUAGAUAAUGCAGAUGUAAAGGAAGAUGAAGAUGCCAAUGAAGACAUUGGCGCCAAGGCUGAAGAGUGCAAGGUUGGCAACAUGAAUACUGUAGAUAAUGCAGAUGUAAAGGAAGAUGAAGAUGCCAAUGCAGCAGAACAUGAAGAUGCCAAAAUGGUUGAUGUGGAUGAUGCAGAUGCAAAGGAAGAUUAUGGCACCAAGGUAGCAGAACAUGAGGAUGUCAAAAUGGGUGCCGUGGAGGAUAUUGAUGCAAAGGAAGAUAACAACACCAAGGCAGCAGAACAUCAUGAUAUCAUAAUGGGUGUGGUAGAGCAUGCAGAUGUAAAAGAAGAUAACAGUUCUAAUGUAGCAGAAUGCGUGGAUGUCAAGAUGGCGGAGGCUGAGACCAAGCCAGGAGAUGCAGAGCUCGAAGACAAAGGGCACAAGGAAGAAAUGGAUGUGAACACAGAGGUCAAGAAGGGACCGAAAGAUGCAGAUCAAUGUGGUUCUGAGAUGCAUGAUGAAUUGAAUGGGCAAGGAAAGAAUGGAGCGGCUCGGCAGCAAGAAAAUAAAGCUGAAGAAAUGAGUGAUGAUGAUAGUCAAGGGGAAGUGGAAGUGGAAGAAAAGGGCUCUUCAGAUAAGAAAGAGGAAGGAGGGGAUGGUAAGGCAAACGAGAAUGAAGAAAAGCUAGAAAAAGAAAGUGCGAACAAGGAAGGAAAAGAUGGCAAGGUAACAGAAGAGGAGGUAGGCGAGGCAGAUAAGAACGUGGAAGAGAAUCAGGAGGAAACACCUAAGAACAAGAGGGCAAGGAGUUCUAGGGAUAGACGCCAAAGACAGGACAAGAAACAGCAUGGGUCCAAAUCCAGGGAAGCCAAAAGUUUACUAAACACUCCCAGCCCUUAUGGUAUUGAUCGCCCUCAACGUGAGAGGAAAAUAGUAGAGAGGUUGGUUGAAGUGAUUGAUAAGGAGCCAAACAGGAGCUUCGUAGUUGAGAAGGGUCGUGGCACUCCUUUAAAGGAUAUACCAAGUGUGGCACAGAGGUUAACGAGGAAGAAACCUGCUGAUCUUAAAUUUCUUCACAAUGUUCUUUUUGGGAGGAAAGGCAAGACUGUCGAUUUUAAAGGCCAUAUACUUCAGUUCUCUGGAUUUGUGUGGCAUGAGAGCGAUGAAAAGCAGAGAGCCAAGGCAAAGGAGAAGCUUGACAAGUGUAUGAAAGACAUGCUGGUGGAUCUCUGUUGGCUUCUUGCUAUUCCGGUUCCCAAAACAAACAUCAGAAAGGAAGAUAUCGUGGCAAAGCUGUUGGACUUCAUUGCUGAACCUCAUGCUAUGCCUGAUUCUGGCCUCUCUGAUGACCAGGGGUCAAAUUCUAGGAAACGCAAGAGAGGAGGUGGUAGUUCAAGCAAGACUUCGGAUAUCACUCCCAAGAGGUCUAAGAAGAAAUUUGCUGACGACAUAUCUCCAAGGCGAAAGCAAGCUCUGGAGUAUGAUACGGAUGAAGAUGUGAAGUCUGAUAGCGAGGAAGAUGCAGAUGAAUCUCAUGAUGAGCAGGAAGAUGGCUAUGACUCUGCCGAAGAAAAGGCAAGUAGGAAGUCCUCGGAAGUAAAAUAUUCUGCAGGUAGAAAGAAGGCUGCUGCUGGGAGCACCCAUAGGACAAGUCCGCCAAGGACAGCAAGCAAGACUGCAGGCAAAACAUCACCAUCCAAAGGUUCCAAGGAAAAGGAGAGCCCUGAUGAGAGUGCAAAGGUCUUCUCUAGGAAGAAGAAACCCAUCAUAUCAAAGCAUACUCCAAGCUCUGAAAAGGUGAUAGAAGAAAAUAAGUCAUCAGGUAAAGAGGCAAUGAAGAGCAAAGGCGAAUCAGCAGAAGGGGGUCUGCCCAGUAAGGCUGAGUUGAAGAAGACCAUUAUCGGAAUCCUUAAAAAAGUUGACUUCAACACGUCUACUUUUAGCGACAUUCUUAAGAAGCUCGAUGACCAUUACAAGAUUGAUCUGACCGCAAGAAAAGGAGCUAUCAAAAUUAUGAUUCAAGAAGAGCUGACAAAGUUAUCAGAGCAGGAAGACGAUGAUCAAGACAAAAAUGCAGAUGCCAAGAAGAAACAGUCACGGCAUCGAGCAAAGGUCACCGGCUGAUGCAUUGUGAAGCACCAUAGCAUUAGCGCCGAGUGUUGAUUAUUUUGUACUUAAUGCCUACUUCACUUUUGCCUUGGUGGGUUCUUGGGCAGUCGUAUGUUAAUUAUGGUUCCUAUGUUUUCAAACACCAAAAUCCUAGCCCUGUUUGUGUAUGUGAAAACAUAACCUGUAGGCAGCUCCGUACCGGGAGGCACUUCUAGCUAACAUUUGUAGGCAGCUCCGUACCGGUCAUAGGUUUGAAUAGAAUAUGGACAUAUUCGGAUUUC